UUUGGGCUGUGAAAUAUCACUGUGUAUCAGUACCACAGUGAAUCAAAUAUAGUUAAUCCCUGUACAAAAUACCUGCAUACCAUUUUCCUAAUUUGGAAGCACGUUAAACAACUGGAGACUUAGGAAUACUGGAUAAUCACAGCUGUUUUAGUCUAUGGAAGGUAUUUAUGUAUGUUUUUGGAUAUAUUUUAGGGUGGAUUUUACUCUGGAAUGAUAUUUGUGCAUGGAAGAUUUACUGAAAUGGAAAUUGGAUAUGUCUACAAACUACACUAUGGAAUUUGUCUAUGCAACUGGAUGUUGAAGAAAAAGAAGAAGAAGAAGAAGAAGAAGAAGAAACAUUACAACCAUGGGAAUAUUGUACAAGCUUGGGGCACAGGGUUUUUGUAAAGGCUCGAAUCACAGUGACACUGAUCCUCUCUUAUUCGGAAAGCCGAUCACUCUUCGAGUUGAACCAAAUGUUGAGAUAAAUUCUCCCCCACUUCUAUCAAUAUUAUCUUCGAUUGGUGGCGAAGACUCAUGUCUGGCUGCAGGCUUCUCUCCAAAAGCAGGCACAUUAUCUCUGAUUACAGCAAGCAGUAUUGUUAAUCACACUGUUAACAGAGCUGUUCUGUCCAAUCAGAAGACGUAUUACUUUGCUGCAUUUUCCGAAAACAUUAAUGAAUGUCAUAUGAAUAGUAUAAAGGCUUAUAAAACCGAGGAAAAACCAACAGCAACAACAGCAAACUGUGAAAAGACCAACACUGUUACUGACAGUAUGUCUGAUACUCAAUCCAACAAUUCAACUGAAAUCGUAAAACCUGAAACAAAAAGUUACUCUGGUGAUCCGAAGGGAAACACCAUGCAAUUGAUUGUGACUGGUCUCAGACUUCUGUUGGCUAAAGCAGUUGGUGUAAAUAUACUGAUGACCCUUAAAGCAUUUCUUGUCUAAUGUUAGACAGAUCUGGAAGCUUCUCUUCAACCUUUUGCCUAAUCUAGGACUGCUGUACCUGCAAAUGAAAAAACAAAAAACAAAAAACAAACUCCAAAUAAAAGCUGGAUUUGUUGAAUUUCUUGUAACUGUAACGGUUCAUAGCUGUACUUUGACAUUUACUAAGAAAUUGAAUACCAUCUUUUUCUAUGUUUAAAUUCUUCAGUUUUCUUCAUAUAUGAUUAAAACGUAAGUAUUUCAUGUUAGUUGCAUAACAUUUUUCAAGUAGUGAUUUGCCAGUAUUCUUUAGUUUAACUGUUUAACCUGCUGUGUUUAUCUUAUAUACAUUUAUAUUAUGUUGUCUAUAUAAAACAGAGUGUGCUUAUAGAGUUCAAGUUGGAAAAAAAAAAUAGUGCAAUAACAUUUUAUUGCCUGCAGACAGAUAACAGUUGUGCAAGUCGUUGCAUUAACCACAGGUUUAACAGCAAGUAACACUGCAAGGCACGAAGUAAAACCUCUCUCACAGAUAACAAUCGACCACACAUUUCAGUUUCUAGGAAACACUGUGUUUCAUCAUUAAUCGCAAUUCGCGAGUGAGAACUCUGCAAAGAAGAAAAGAGCAACAUCAAGUUUAUACUUAAUCUCUUUCUAUGGCUUUAUUUACAGCAGCAAUAUACUGAUGCAGUCUAAAAACUUUGUUACUCAACUGUUUUGUAUUUUUUGUAUGCUUUAAUGAUAUGGAUCUAGCUUUUAAUAUUGGCUUUUAAUUAUAUAUAAAAUAUGAAUCUAAGUAUAAGAGAACAAUCAUGAUAAGGUGUUUAUGGGCGAUGAUGCAACGUGUAUUUCUGAAGAAUGAAGAGGUGUGAGUUAAUAAAAUAAUAUAAUAAAAGUA